UGAAUGGGCGCGCGGCUGCGGGCUCCGGCCCCCCGCGCCCGGCCCCGCUCGGCUCCCGCCCCGCCCGGGCCUCCGCCGGCGCCGCCAUCCGCCGCUCCGCCUGUGAAUGAAAGGCAGGCGCCGCCGGGGGCUGCUGGCAGGCGACGCGGCGUAGACGCGGCCUCCUGGCGGAGAUGUACGGUGUGUGCGGCUGCUGCGGCGCCCUUCGCCCCAGGUACAAGCGGCUGGUGGACAACAUCUUCCCCGAAGACCCCGAGGAUGGCCUGGUGAAGACCAACAUGGAGAAACUGACCUUCUAUGCCCUGUCAGCACCGGAGAAGCUGGAUCGCAUUGGCGCCUACCUGUCUGAGAGACUCAUCCGGGACGUGGGGCGCCAUCGAUACGGGUAUGUGUGCAUUGCCAUGGAGGCGCUGGACCAGCUGCUCAUGGCCUGCCACUGCCAGAGCAUCAACCUCUUCGUGGAGAGCUUCCUCAAGAUGGUAGCCAAGCUGCUGGAGUCAGAGAAGCCCAACCUGCAGAUUCUGGGCACCAACUCGUUUGUGAAGUUCGCCAACAUCGAGGAGGACACGCCGUCCUACCACCGGAGCUACGACUUCUUCGUGUCACGCUUCAGCGAGAUGUGCCACUCCAGCCACGACGACCUGGAAAUCAAGACGAAGAUCCGAAUGUCAGGGAUCAAAGGGCUCCAAGGGGUGGUGAGGAAGACGGUGAAUGAUGAACUGCAGGCCAACAUCUGGGAGCCCCAGCACAUGGAUAAGAUCGUGCCCUCCCUGCUUUUCAACCUGCAGCACGUGGAAGAGGCCGAGAGCCGGUCCCCCUCACCCCUGCAAGCGCCCGAGAAGGAGAAGGAGAACCCAGCCGAGCUGGCCGAGAGGUGUCUUCGGGAACUGCUCGGCCGGGCUGCCUUCGGCAACAUCAAAAACGCCAUCAAGCCGGUCCUCAUUCACCUGGAUAACCAUUCUCUCUGGGAACCCAAGGUGUUCGCCAUCCGCUGCUUUAAAAUCAUCAUGUACUCGAUUCAGCCGCAGCACUCCCACCUGGUUAUCCAGCAGCUCCUGAGUCACCUGGAUGCCAACAGCCGCAGCGCCGCCUCGGUGCGGGCGGGCAUCGUUGAGGUCCUGUCCGAGGCUGCGGUCAUCGCAGCCACAGGCUCUGUCGGGCCCACGGUGCUGGAGAUGUUCAACACUCUGCUGAGGCAGCUGCGGCUCAGCAUCGACUACGCCCUGACCGGGAGCUACGACGGGGCCCUCAGCCUGGGCAUCAGGAUCAUCAAGGAGCAUGAAGAACGCAUGUUCCAGGAGGCCGUCAUCAAGACCAUAGGCUCCUUUGCCAGCACCUUGCCCACGUACCAGCGCUCGGAGGUGAUCCUGUUCAUCAUGAGCAAGGUCCCCCUGCCCUCGCUGCACCACCCCGUGGAGCCCGGGAGGACAGGGGAGAACAGGAACCGGCUGACGCAGAUCAUGCUGCUGAAAUCCCUCCUCCAGGUAUCCACAGGCUUCCAGUGCAGCAACAUGAUGUCAGCACUGCCCAGCAACUUCCUGGACCGCCUUCUGUCCACCGCCCUCAUGGAGGAUGCAGAGAUCCGGCUCUUUGUCCUAGAGAUUCUCAUCAGUUUUAUCGAUCGUCAUGGCAACCGUCACAAGUUCUCGACCAUCAGUACCCUCAGUGACAUCUCUGUCCUGAAGCUGAAAGUGGACAAGUGCUCCCGGCAGGACACCGUCUUCAUGAAGAAGCACUCCCAGCAGCUCUACAGACACAUCUACCUGAGCUGUAAGGAGGAGUCGAACAUCCAGAAGCACUACGAAGCUCUCUACGGGCUGCUGGCGCUCAUCAGCAUCGAGCUGGCCAACGAGGAGGUGGUGGUGGACCUCAUCCGCCUGGUGCUGGCCGUUCAGGAUGUGGCCCAAGUCAAUGAGGAGAACUUGCCCGUGUACAACCGCUGUGCCCUCUAUGCUCUGGGCGCGGCCUACCUGAACCUCAUCAGCCAGCUGACGACGGUGCCCGCCUUCUGCCAGCACGUCCACGAGGUGAUAGAGACCAGGAAGAAAGAGGCUCCGUACAUGCUCCCCGAAGACGUGUUUGUGGAGAGGCCCAGGCUGUCACAGAAUCUUGAGGAAGUGCUGAUCGAGUUCCUCUUCCGCCAGAGCAAAAUCAGCGAAGUGCUGGGGGGCAGUGGCUACAACUCAGACAGGCUGUGCCUGCCCUAUGUCCCACAGCUGACAGAUGAGGAUCGUUUGUCCAAGAGGAAGAGCAUCGGGGAAACCAUCUCCCUGCAAGUGGAGGUGGAGUCGAGAAACAGCCCUGAGAAGGAGGAGCGCGUGCCAGCUGAGGAGAUUACCUACGAGACGCUGAAGAAAGCCAUCGUGGACAGUGUGGCGGUGGAGGAACAGGAGCGUGAACGGCGGCGGCAGGUGGUGGAGAAGUUCCAGAAGGCUCCAUUUGAGGAGAUUGCGGCCCACUGCGGGGCCCGGGCUUCACUGCUGCAGAGCAAACUCAACCAGAUCUUUGAAAUCACCAUUCGGCCCCCUCCGAGCCCUUCAGGAACCAUCACCGCCGCCUAUGGCCAGCCUCAGAACCACUCCAUCCCCGUGUAUGAGAUGAAGUUCCCCGAUCUCUGUGUGUACUGAAUUCCGGGAGACCAGCACCUCUCAGGAGCUCGCUACCCGAAUGCCAUGGAACCCCGACUGCCAUCUUGGAACAAAAGUACACAGGGGUCACACCUCCCAGGCUGGGCCAGAAGCACUCUGCACCCUCCUGCUGCCUGUCAUCCUCAAGGGACAUCAGCCACUUACCCCUGGGACCCAGCAAGCAUCUCACCUGUACCUUUGUCUCCUCCCUUAUGUCAGCAGGGACCGAGAAUAGCGGGGGUCUCGGAGAGAGACUGAGGUUGAGGUGCCUGCUUGCUGUGGCAAGUCACCAUCUUUCCUGGGGUGACCUGGCGGGGGCGGGCAGAGCUGCUCUUGGCCCAGGAGGGGACUAGGUAGAGACACAGUGGGACAGAGGAGAUGACCUUGGAAGAACUGCAAGAGAGAUGGCUGCCCCCCAGCCGGAGCCCCCUCCGUUCCCCCCUCUAGGGCCUGAGGUCCCCAUGUCUUUGGGGUCA